UCCAUUAUUUGAGCUGGGCAGAGUCUGCAGCCUGCAAGACUCUAUUAUAGAGCAGCUAAUGCUUUAAGCUUCCUGAGCAUUGUUAGGCGUACAAAAUCAAUUAAGUGACUAAAUAGGCCAUUUAUAGCGCAGCAGUGAAAAAAAUGUGGAAGUGUGUGUGUGUGUGUGUGUGUGUGUGUGUGUGUGUGUGUGUGUGUGUGUGUGUGUGUGUGUGUGUGUGUUCUGUAUAUUUUUAUUAGAUAGAUGUGAGGAUAAUUCGUUGGGUUAAAGAUAUUUUAGUUACCUUGUCUUGAGAAAUGCUAUUAAAAUUAACAUAAAUCUACAUUAUUCACACUGUGUCCAGACAAGUACCGUAUAUAUAAAAAAAUAAAAGAAUAGAGUGUGUGAGUCUUGAAGGAACAUGAGAUGAAAUGUUAAAAUUGACAUUUCUGCAGUGGGACCUCUGACAGUCCCGCAGCCAUAUCUGAAAACCCAUUUUCAUUAUUCCAAACUUAUAACCUGUGAGUCACGGUGAGUCAGGUCGCCAGGUUUGGCCCCUGGGUGAGAGGGUGAGGGGGAGAGUGUGUGGGGGUGUGACGGACGCAGGGACGCAGGGACGGACGGAGGGAGGGAGGAAGGCGGGACGAGCAGAAGUUGUUCAUGUCGGCAGAGCGCACCGCGAGUCCAACCUCUCCACGCUCGGGAGCGCAGAGGAAAAUGUUGCUCUGAUCUCAAGGCUCUCAUAGACGUCUGCAGCGGCUUCCUGGCGAGACUUUUGCCUUCACAGCAAUCUUUCACCCGCAGAGAGCGUCUUCAAGCGCCGAUGUAUCGAUGAAUUUCUCCGGGAAACUGACUAACGUCCUCCUGCUGGUGCUCCUCGCAGCGCAAGGCUGUUUUUCAUCGAAAGGGGAGGACAGAUUAUUUCGACGGUUGUUCAGGAGGUACAACCAGUUCAUCCGGCCGGUGGAGAAUGUGUCCGAUCCAGUCACGGUGGAGUUCGAGGUCUCCAUAUCUCAACUGGUCAAAGUGGAUGAGGUGAAUCAGAUCAUGGAGACCAAUCUGUGGCUGAGACAUGUCUGGAAUGACUACAAGCUGAAAUGGGCCCCUGUUGAGUAUGAUGGGAUUGAGUUCAUACGAGUUCCAUCCAAUAAGAUUUGGAGGCCGGACAUUGUUUUGUACAACAACGCUGUAGGUGACUUCCUGGUGGAAGACAAGACCAAGGCUCUGCUGAAGUUUGAUGGCACGAUCACCUGGGUCCCUCCGGCUAUUUUCAAAUCCUCCUGCCCCAUGGACAUCACCUACUUCCCCUUUGACUACCAGAACUGCUCCAUGAAGUUUGGCUCCUGGACCUACGACAAAGCCAAGAUAGACCUGGUGCUCAUUGGAUCAAAGGUGAACCUGAAAGACUUCUGGGAGAGUGGAGAGUGGGAGAUCAUCGACGCUCCAGGAUAUAAGCACGACAUCAAGUACAACUGCUGCGAGGAGAUCUACCCGGACAUCACCUACUCCUUCUACAUCCGCCGCCUGCCUCUCUUCUACACCAUCAACCUCAUCAUCCCCUGCCUCCUCAUCUCCUUCCUCACGGUCCUCGUCUUCUACCUCCCGUCUGACUGCGGCGAGAAGGUCACCCUGUGCAUUUCUGUCCUCCUCUCCCUCACUGUGUUCCUGCUGGUUAUCACGGAGACCAUCCCUUCGACGUCGCUCGUCAUCCCUCUGAUUGGCGAGUACCUCCUCUUCACCAUGAUUUUUGUCACGCUCAGCAUCGUCAUCACCGUCUUUGUGCUGAAUGUCCACUACCGCACCCCCAUGACUCACACUAUGCCAGAGUGGGUGAGGGCCGUGUUCCUUGGGGUGCUGCCCAGGGUGAUGCUGAUGAGGAGGCCUAUCGACCAGGGCUCCUCCUCACCUGCCAUCACAGGAGGGACGGGUGGAGGUGGAGGAGGGAGCAGCGGAGGGAACAAGAAGAGAAAGAACAGCAUAGCAGGAACAAGUAGCUCGGGGAGUGUGAGUGUUGGAGGUAUCACUGGGGGUGUAGCGAUUCCACCGCUGGAUGGGGGUGCAGGGGGAGGAGGAGGGGCCACCUCAGCUGGCGGCUCCAUGAACUGUGUGGAGUACGGCGAAAUGAACCGUGACAUGAAGCGGGAUAUGAACAGAAGGUGCCCCUACAGAGGCAAGGAGGUGCCCACUCCUGUCCCUCCCCCAAUGGUGCCACCACCACCUCCCCCUCCUCCUCCUCCUCCCCAGGCACCCCAGACCCAAGGGCCCCAGGAGCCAGAGCCACCCAAGCCGCCCAAGCUGCAGAGGAACCUGAACGCCCCUUCGCCCGUCAACGCGGUCGUUGCAUUCUCCGUGGUGUCGCCAGAGAUCAAGCAGGCCAUCGAGAGCGUGAAGUACAUCGCAGAGAACAUGAGGACUCGCAACAAAGCCAAAGAGGUGGAAGACGACUGGAAGUACGUGGCCAUGGUCAUCGACAGGAUCUUCCUGUGGGUUUUUGUGACCGUGUGUGUGCUGGGAACACUGGGACUCUUCCUCCAGCCCGUCAUCAACUUCUUCCAAUGAGGCUCCCCGUCUUUGUCUUUCGUCUCCUUUCUCUCUCUUUUUGUCCUGCUAGAAUUACUUUGGGAAUUAUCCCUCCUGCAGCUCUUCUCACAUCAAACACCGGGCUGUCUGCUUUCUCCUUUUUUUUUUCUGGCUUACUGUCUCCUCUCUCUAUCUCGUGCUCUUCUCUGGGACUCCAUCACUUCCAGCCCUCUGCUGCCUCUUUUACUCACAUGACUUGCCCCGAUUUCCCCCAUUUCUCAUUCGCCUUGCCCUGUCAAUUUGCACGCGAUCCAGUCUCCUCCUCCCUGUUAAUGUGCUUUCUGACAUGAUAAUCACAUCUGCUUUCCAUCCCUUAGUUUCUCUCCUCUCCUGUGCGAUGUGUUGACCUGAUGCUGCCUAUUGUACAGCUUAUGUCUUCACAGUUGUCCUCUGUCUCCCAACGUUUUGACUGAAAAUGUCCACUCAGUCAUCAUUACUGUAUGGUCUUACACAGUGUUUAACAUCAUCAGGUAAUGAUUUAUGUAAUUAUUGCUAUGAUUACUGUAGAAGAACCUCUUAAAUACAAACCACUGACAAAAGAGGAACCUGAACACCUUUGUGUGUGUUGCAGUCACACGUUGUCAUGUGAACCGGUGCAACAAAGACCAAACACUUUUGAGAAAUGUGGUAUAGUAUGUCAUCUAAAAUUAAGAAAAACAAGUUAAACACUUCAGUAUUUUCAGACAGCUGGUAAUGACAUAAAAAAUGUUGUAAUGUAAAGGUCCUCCUGUUUGUCGACCUUUUUUUUUUUUUUUUACAGACGUUUGUAAAAUACAAAUGACUUAUGCAUGGCUGCUGAGAAGGACACCGUCUCCGCACACGGUGUGUUUCCCACGUUGUUCACACUAAACAUUAUUAUGCAUCACACAGGAAUUCACGACAUCACUGCAAACCUACUGUAUAAUGUAUAGAAACACCCUGAACUGCACAAUGUAGAUUAAACUUGUAAAAAUACUUGAAAAGGCAAA